CAGAAACCCAUCGAAAAAAAUCGGUGUAUUAAACAAUUUGAAAAACAUCGAUGCAUCGAUUUUACCAUCGAUGUUUCUCCACCUCUAACUAUAACCAACACACAAAUAAAAAAGUUAUCAGCACAAAGUGUUAACAAUUGCAAUUACAAUAGCAACGGCAGCAAGCAGCCGCAACAAAUAGGCAUUAAUUAAUUGAAAUCACGGACCACAGCCAGAGCGACAUCAGUUUUAUAUACUAUCAAUAAUAACACGAUAACGCAAGUUUUGCCAGCUCAAGGAAGCAAAAAAAAGUUGCCACACGGGCGAGAAUACAACAACACGUAAAGAAAAGAAAGGAGAAACAAAAGAUAAACAAGAGCAGUGGGCAAAAUGAGUGCGCUAGCGUCAGCGCACAUAUUAAAUAUUAAAUCAAUAUUUGUGGCACUAAUCGCAGCCCUGCUAACGGCACCCCAUGUUGUCCUGUCGCGCAAACAUCACGUGGAAGUGCGCAAUGAUAUGCGACCGUAUAUUGCGCUGAGCACAUUUGGUUUCUACACAAACGGACAUUUGGACGUCCAGCUGAGUCGCUUGAGAAUUGCCGACGAUCAGUCAACGUCGGGUUUGUUUGGGCUGUCACUGGACAAAACAACUAUUGAUCAGUUGAAUCCGUAUCUGGACUCGCAUCAAACCAAAUGCAUUUUGGAGGAGCCACCUAACAAUCAGAACAGCGGUCCCAUACUCUUCUUUGUGCUCGAUCUCGUAGAGUUGAAGGUGCGGGUUCAUUGCUCCCCAGAGUGGGUCAACAUGCAUGUCUACAAAAAUGUCGCGUAUCGCCGCAAACGCAACUCGCAUGUGGGCAAGGUUAGCGACACAGCACUCUUUACGCAGCCGCGUGUGCGACGCGCUGUCAUGCCCAUUGAUUCCGAGGAGGCGGUAGAUGAUCUCGAUGAUAAUUCGGAGGAGAAACCUUUUAAGCCCGACGAAGAGCAAUCACCGCAGAAACUGUCUUCACCUAUUGUAGCGGGCAAGAUUGAAGGCGCUGCCAAGCUGAAGUCAGAGGAGCCCACACCAUCAAUUGCGCUGGCGCCGAAGGAUGUGGUAAAGGAUGCGCCAAUACAGCCAAAGGCAUCAUCAUCACCAGCCACAGCUGAUGCAGUUCCCGCUGCCGCUUUGCCGCCUGCGGCCAUAGCCAGCGGUGUGCUAGCAGCGGACUCUGAAGUGGCUGCUGAAGCUGCUCCGGCGCCGCCAGCAUCGAUUGCUGCUGCUGCCACGUCAAGUAACAGCAACAGCAAUAGCAAUAGCAAGCUUAGCAACGACGCUGAGGUGGAGCCGGCACUGCCCGUGGACAAUUCACCGGGAUCCGCGUCGAAUUUCUACGAGUCGAACUCGUAUCGCCAAUCCCAGAACGAUUUGUGCAAUAAUUUCAGUCUGCCGCUGGUUAAGCUAACCGAGGACAACAUCAACUAUUAUAGCUUUAACUUUUCCAUGUUUGUGGCGACGCCGCAUGACGAGGGCUUGUACAAUUUGUAUUUCCACGCUUGUCCCAACUACGACAAUCCGAAGAAGCUCUCGUUCAAUGUGGACAUUGAGGAGAACAAUAACGGCAAUUAUUUGUCGGCUGGCGAGAUGCCGCUACCGGCUUUAUACUUUAUGAUGAGUCUGCUUUUCUUUUUGUCCGGACUCUUCUGGGUCUUCAUACUGAAAAAGAGCAAGCACACCGUUUAUAAGAUACAUUAUUUGAUGGCUGUGUUGGUUUUCCUCAAGUCGUUGUCAUUGAUGUUCCAUUCCAUAAACUAUCAUUUCAUUGAGAAGCGCGGCGAGCAUGUGGAAACCUGGGCCAUACUCUACUACAUUGCACACUUGCUUAAGGGCGCCGUCUUGUUCAUAACCAUUGUGCUCAUUGGCACUGGCUGGACAUUCAUUAAACACAUACUCUCCGACAAGGACAAGAAGAUCUUUAUGAUUGUCAUUCCCCUGCAGGUGCUGGCGAAUGUGGCACAAAUCAUAACGGAUGAGUCGGAUCAGAGCGAUGCCGAGUUUCGCACCUGGUACAAGAUUUUCUUCUUUGUGGAUCUGCUGUGCUGCUUUGCCAUACUGCUGCCUAUUGUUUGGUCCAUACGGCAUCUGCAUGAAGCAUCUGCCACCGAUGGCAAGGCUGCCAUUAAUCUGCGCAAACUAAAGCUAUUCCGGCAAUUCUAUUUGAUGAUCAUCUGUUACAUUUACUUCACCCGCAUCAUUGUGUAUUUGCUGCAGAUGACCGUCGUCUUUCAGUAUGCCUGGCUCGAUGAGAUGUUCAGAGAGUGGGCGACAUAUGUGUUCUUUGUGCUCACCGGCUACAAAUUCCGUCCCGUAUCAUCGCAUCCAUAUUUCACCGUGCCCGAUGAGGAUGACGAUGAUGAGGUGGAAGUCUUAACCGAAUCGGGACUCACCGAGACGGUGCAUCGUGUGAAGCCAUUGAAUCGUUCGGCGCAUUCCAAUACAAUUACAAUUAUCGAGGGCAACGACGAUGAGCGUGAGAAUCUGUUGAUUGCGAAACGAGAGUCGAGUCAUGAGUACGAUUAAGCAAGAGAAAUCACUCGAAUCGCGUGCACACAAAAAACUACAUACACCACAUAAAGAUAAACCGAUAAAGAUGCAAAUGGAGAUGCAGAUACAACUACAGAUACAGAUAUAUAUAUAUACGCACUUAAUUGCAAUCGUACUUUAAGAUAGAUGGCAAUGGAGAGAUGCAGAGUUUUUUUUUGGUUAGUAGGCUGUCCGACGAUGAUAAUGAUGACCACGAUGGUGAUGUUUAGUUACUAGAUAAUCCCGCUGCAUCCCUAGAUGAGAAAGAGAGAGAGAGCCCGUCCAACACUAUACAAGACGUGUAAAUACGAAAUGAACUAUCUGCAUAACAAACCACAAAACCCCCCCAAACAACAUGCUCCACCUCCCGCCUCGUGUUCCCAAUGCUUCCUACAGAUGAAGCAGAUGAUUGCUUAUUGUAUAUCCCCUCCUCCCUGCCCCCGAAAAUCUCGUUUUAAGGCAUUAUAUUGAUAUAAUUUUAAAGGAUAACAAUAACGAUAACAAUAUAGCUUUAAUAUUAAAUACUUGACUUGACCUCAGA